UAGCAAAUGCGUCGGUACAUCUUAAACUAAUUUAACAGGCCGUAGGAAGUUUCCCCAAAUGAACGCGUCAGCCAACAAAAGGCUCGGGUGCGAAAAGAAUUGCAUUUGGAGGCUGGAGAGCAAACGCUUAGCCUUUUUGAGAUCGCCAGUUCGGCAAUGUCGGAGUAAUCCGGACUCUUACCUGCAGUGUACUAGCCUACCUUUUUAAAGUCGUCCUUCUUUCGCCUCCCUAUUGACGUCAGACACAAGAGGCAGCCGAACUGGGAGAAGGCUCCUCUCGCUAGCGAGGAUUUGCGAAAGCGUAGGAGGAGCUGUCAAAAGUUUUAAGUUUUAAGUCGAGACUGGAUUUCCACAAUCUAAGAUCAACCCAGCGCGACCGACUUGGACAAUGUUCACUAACGAAGAAGCCGUAGAAUUAUGUAGUAAAUAAUCACUUGUCGCGCAACUAGUUCAAAGAGUUAAAGAAACGAAAUGGCAAGCUUAACUGAAACUGGAUUCCUUUUCACAUUACUACUUUACUUCGGCUUGUGUGCAACGCCGGAAAAGAAAGUAUGUCAGGGAGGCAACAACAGACUUACUCUUCUGAGUAGUGUGGAUGAUCACUACCAGAAUAUGUUGAAGAUGUACAGCAACUGCACCGUGAUUCUGGAGAAUCUGGAAAUCACACACACCACCCACGAACAUGACCUGUCCUUUCUUGAGACCAUCGAAGAGGUUGGAGGCCAUGUCUUGAUAGGUCUCAACAAAGCUCACACAAUCCCGCUGAGCAACCUGCGCAUCAUCCGUGGCCACACGCUGUAUGACAGUUCCUUCGCCCUGGCCGUCCUGUCCAACUUCAACUUGACCACCGGCAAAGGCACCAGGUGGCUGUCCCUCACCAGCCUCAACGAAAUCCUGAAAGGAGGAGUGAAGUUUGCCAACAACCGUUAUUUGUGUAACGUGGAGAGCAUCCAGUGGGCUGACAUCGUGAACACGAAAAGCAAAUCUACAAUAAUCAAGCCAGACCCCAGCACAGACAAAUUUUGCAUGUUACAGAAGUGCCAUUCAAGCUGUUAUAAUGGCUCCUGUUGGAGUCCUGGCCUUGAGAACUGCCAGAUAUACACGAAGCUGACGUGUGCGGAGCAGUGCUCUGGGAGGUGCAAAGGCCCCAAGCCCAGCGACUGCUGCAAUGAGCACUGUGCAGCCGGCUGCACGGGGCCCCGACCCACGGACUGCCUGGCCUGCAGGGACUUCCAAGAUGAAGGAACAUGCAAAGAUGCGUGCCCACCUCUCAUGCGCUAUGACCCCAACUCCCAUCAGCUGGCCCCCAACCCGGACGGGAAGUACAACUUCGGGGCCACGUGCGUGAAGACCUGCCCACACAACUACGUGGUGACAGACCACGGCGCGUGCGUGAGAGCCUGCAGCCCCGGCACCUACGAGGUGGACGAGGACGGCGUCAGGAAGUGCACAAAGUGCGACGGGCUGUGUCCAAAAGUUUGCAUGGGGCUUGGUGUGGGGCAUCUGGCUGGCAUUCUGUCAGUCAAUGCCAGCAACAUUGAUUCGUUCGAGAACUGCACAACGAUCAAUGGAGAUGUCUCAAUCCUGAAAACGACGUUCGAAGGGGACAUAUACACUAAAACACCAAAGAUGUCUCCCGCCAGACUCAGCGUCUUCAAAAGUAUCAAAGAAAUUACAGGGACUCUGCUGAUUCAGUACUGGCCACAAAACAUGUCCUCCCUCAUCCCCUUUGAAAACCUGGAGGUCAUCCGUGGAAGGACGAAGUAUCAGGGCACGGUCAGCCUCGGGGUGAACCGAAUCUCCGUCACCCACCUGGGCCUGCGUUCUCUGCGCGAGAUCAGCGACGGGGACGUGUCCAUCACGCAGAACCCUAACCUCUGCUACACCAGCGCCGAGUACUGGAAACGCCUCUUCAAGUCGGACAAGCAGGUCAUCAGGCCCAUGCAGAACGCCGACCCAGAAACCUGCGCAAAUCAGAACCGCACCUGCGAUGAGAUGUGCAGCACUGAUGGUUGCUGGGGACCGGGCCCAUCCAUGUGCUUCAGCUGCAAGCACCGGAGCCGCGGAAGAAGCUGCGUGGCCUCCUGCCACCUCCUGGAGGGAGAGCCUCGGGAAUGCGAGGUCAACAAGACAUGCAUGCAGUGUGACCCCGAGUGCAAGCCCCUCAACGGAACCCCAACCUGCACAGGGCCUGGCCUCGACGGGUGCGUGGAGUGCGCCAACUUCCGAGACGGCCCCCACUGCGUGGCCCGCUGCCCGCAAGGCGUGCCCGGGGAGAACGAGACACUCGUGUGGAAGUAUCCGGACAGCACGAGGGUGUGCCAGCUGUGCCACCACAACUGCACCCAGGGAUGCAUUGGGCCAACUCUAGAAGACUGCAAAGAUUUUAAAAGUUACUCGGGUAUGUCAGUGAUCGCCGCAGGUGUGGUGGGCAGCCUCCUGGCCUUGGUCAUCCUCAGCCUGGCCGUGACGGUGCUGAUCAGAAGGCGGAACAUCAAGAGGAAGAGAACCAUGCGUAGGCUGCUCCAGGAGAGAGAGUUAGUAGAGCCACUCACCCCCAGUGGAGAAGCACCCAAUCAGGCGCUGCUGCGCAUCCUCAAAGAAACGGAGUUCAAGAAGAUCAAAGUGCUCGGGUCUGGAGCGUUUGGCACCGUGUACAAGGGCCUAUGGGUCCCAGAAGGGGAAGAUGUGAAGAUCCCCGUCGCCAUAAAGGUUUUGCGAGAGGCCACGUCCCCAAAAGCAAACAAAGAGAUCUUGGAUGAAGCCUAUGUGAUGGCCAGCGUGGAUCACCCCCAUGUUUGCCGCCUGCUCGGGAUAUGCCUGACGUCCACCGUGCAGCUGGUCACCCAACUCAUGCCAUACGGCUGCCUGCUCGACUAUGUCAGAGAAAACAAGGGCAGAAUUGGCUCUCAGCACCUGCUCAACUGGUGUGUGCAGAUCGCCAAGGGUAUGAGCUACUUAGAAGAGCGCCACCUAGUGCACAGGGAUUUGGCUGCGCGUAACGUGCUGGUGAAGACUCCUCAGCAUGUGAAGAUCACUGACUUUGGCCUGGCUAAGCUCCUCAGUGCAGACGAGAAAGAGUACCAUGCAGAUGGCGGAAAGGUACCAAUAAAAUGGAUGGCCCUUGAAUCCAUCCUUCACAGGAAGUACACCCAUCAAAGCGAUGUGUGGAGUUAUGGUGUGACGGUUUGGGAGCUGAUGACGUUCGGCACAAAGCCUUACGACGGGAUCCCUGCCAGCGAGAUCGCCGGAGUCCUGGAGAAGGGAGAGCGACUACCCCAGCCGCCCAUCUGCACCAUCGACGUCUACAUGAUCAUGGUGAAAUGCUGGAUGAUCGAUGCAGACAGCAGGCCAAGGUUCCGCGAGCUCAUCGCAGAGUUUUCGAAGAUGGCGCGAGAUCCAACACGGUAUCUAGUCAUUCAGGGUGACGACAAGAUGCACCUGCCCAGCCCGUCCGACUCCAAGUUCUACCGCAGCCUGACGGGCAGUUUAGACCUGGACGAGGCCGUGGACGUGGACAAGUACCUGGUGCCCAACCAUGGGUUCUUCAGUAGUCCCAGCACCUCCCGCACACACCUGCUGCACUCUGUGAAUUCCUUCCCGCCGAGAGAGAACAGCCUUGUGCUGCGCUACAUCCCAGACCCGACGGACCAGUUCCUGGCCGGAGACUUCCAACCCGCCCCAGAGUACAUGAACCAGAAUGGCACCGUCGCGUCCGACAUGACCAACCCCAUCUACCAGCAGCCAGGGCCACUGCUGGCCCACCCGACAGGCCCGCUGCAUGAGACAGAGGAGGAGUACCUCCACUGCUUCAGCGGCCCCGCGGAGGCUACGCCGUCUCCAGCCACCCCGCCCGAGUACCUCAACGCCCGGCGUGACGGUACCGGCUUCAUCGGCCAGAACGGCAGCAUGGACAACCCGGCCAUCCCUGGCUACCAGCAGGACUUCCGCGUCCUGGGCAUCAAGCCAAAGUGCAAUGGCCACCUACCGGCAGCAGAGAACGCGGAAUACCUGGGACUGGAGGUGCAUUAGCGGCACCGCUGGCGCUCCGUCAGCCACGAUUUCGAAUGGCCGUCGGGAGCAUAGGAACCGUUUGGGAGCUAGAAGAGAGACUUGGUGGGACUAUUCAUUCUGGGGAGAGGACACAGGGCAAAGCAACGAUUGGGCUUUGGUGAAAGCUCUGCACUGCCCUCGCGUACGUGGGCCAAGCUAGGUUUUGGUUCCUUUGGGUUAUUUCCUGGAUUUUGUCUUCAGCUAGUCCACAUGUA